UUCUGUGUCUCCAUCUGUACAGUGAACUUGGUGAGCGCCAACCUCCUAGAGAGUAAGGAUUUCUCUACAAGUUCCACAGAUGUGAGUUGUAAAUACUAAAUGUGAUAUACAUGGGAAGUGUUUGGGAUAGAGCCUGGAUCAUUGUAAGCACUGUGUAUCAUCAUUAGCCACCAUCUCAACUCAACAAUCCCUUUUAUUCACUUUGAAUUUACCUGGGGGCAAAUGGAGGUUUAGGAAGAGAUCAAGUAUUCUGGCCCAGGUUCUGCUAGCUAGUAAGUGGCAGGACUCCCAAAUCUCAGCGUUCACCCGCAUGCUUAGGCCUUGCUCUGUACUCAUAGACUUCCCUCAGAAAGCACUCCGAACAUGGGGUAGAGAGGUUGCCCUCAAACAGUGCUUCCGGUCUAUGUGUAAUAUAUAGUUUGCUCUCAAUAUAUCUACUUUAAGGAUAAUACUUGGCAUAUGUGUGUUCUUUAACCCCAUUUAACUCUGGCUUAAAGAUAAAACUAGAUGAGCUGUUGCCUCCUAGAUAGGAGACUUUCAUUAACGACAGGUGUUUGUCUAAUCUUAAUUUAAAGAAAAAACCUUCAACUCCACAUAGGUGAAAAACAACAGAAUAUCAGAAGUAAGGCUUGCUUUCAGUGUUGUAUCUGUCUUUUGCCUGCCACUUUGGUUUUCUUUGACACAGAUUGAACAGAAAUUCAGCGGUCAGGAUUGCUUACAUGGACUCCACGGUGGAGGCAGUCAGCAGGAGUGAUGGCGGCCCCGCGGAAGCCAGCGCCAGAGGUCCAGCUCCCCCCGUGCCUGGCACACAGGUCCUGGCAGUGGAUUCAAAAAACAGUGAUGAUGCAUCUUUAUAUCAGGAAGACGUGAUUGCUGGGUCCUUCAUGCCUGCAGUGCCUUGGAGCCCUUCGAAAAACGAGUUAAGGAGGAAAUACUUGACCCAGGUGGAUGUUCUGCUCCAGGAUGAAGGACGUUCAGAGUGUACUGACGAUGGAGAUGGAGAGGACACCCAUGUGACAUUGAGUCCUUCCUUGGCCUCACCUGCUGGGCCCGCCCAUGGAAGCCGUGGCCAUGUGUCUGGAAGGAGUCCUGGCAGCCCGGUUAAGCCGGCUUCAUGGCCUGGGGAGUGUGAUCCAGCAGACCUGGCCCUCGUGCCUAGAAGCGACAGUCUCAUGUUCCAGGGGGCUGGGGGGCACAGCCGCUCAAGCAGCCCGGCCUUGGAGGCCGACAUCAUCUGUGACGUGACCAUCAGCGACCUGUAUGCCGGCAUGCUGCACUCGAUGAGCCGGCUGCUGAGCACAAAACCGGCGUGUAUUAUCUCCACCAAAACCUCGUUCAUCGCUCACAGCUGGAGCGCCAGGAGGAGGCACAAGUGUAAGAACAGAAUGAACCAGACACAGUGCCGAGGAGCCGGGCUCUCUCGAAGGGCUUCCCGGGAGCCACUCCCAUCCUGUUCCGAGCCACUGAAGGACAGGGAAGUGUUAAGAGAUUGCGAGAACUUUCUAGAUGCUUCUGGCCAGAAGGCAGGGGUAGAAUUAGAAAAAGCUUUCCCUGAAGUCAACAAACCCAAGAUCCACAAGUUAGAUCCACGUUGGAAGGAGCUUAAGGGGUUGAAGAGUUUAAUGCCUCAGGGGUGUUCAUUGACUUACGGAGGAACCUGUACAAUGCAUCACCUCGGUCAGGAAAAUAGACUUAGGGCACUAAAAUGGUUAAUUUCUCCUGUAAAAAUCGUUUCCAGGCCAAGAGUACUGCGGGACAAGGGAGGGAAUCGUUACAGGGAAAUUGGAAUCAAAUUUGAUAAGCUUCAUCAGGAAUAUUGCCCAAACUCUGGGAAACAGACUGCCUGCCUGCCUUCCUGCCUGACUUCCCUCCCAGGACCCUCAGCAGUGGCCGUGUACAGGGGUGGUCCAGCGAGCCCUUGCAGCCCCCGGGGCUUAGAAACCCGCAGGCUCAGCAGGUUCCACGAGGCUUUUGAAGACCUGGGUGAACGAGCUAUUGGGACAGUGAGCUGGUACAGCGAACCCCAAACCAGCUCCGUGCAGAGCCCAGUCCGCUCGGAGCAGACCCUUGACCUUUUUCAAGGAAACCAUCCUGAAAUACUUAGAAAGUCCUUAUCUCCCAGCAAAGCCACAUCAGUAGCUGGCGGACAGCCUCCAAGCAGUGGAAGGAAACGUUACAAUGAAAUAAAGGAGAAAUUCGACAAGCUUCACCAAAAGUAUUGCCAACAGUCACCGCAGCAGACACAGGCACCUUUACGUAUUGGAACAUCUCCAGAUAGAGCAAGCCUGGAAGUUCAGUACCCCAGAGGAGGCACCUUGGAAAAAGCAAACCCAGACUCUGGCUUCCACGGUCCCCCAAAGCCGUCAGCAUCACCCCAGUGGAGCAUGGAAAGUCCACUCGGCUCAACUGCACUUGAGGCUCAGCCAUCAAUGAGCUUCGUGCUCACUGCCACGAGGGGCCACCAGUCCCCUCCGAAGAGACGCCGAUUAUCAGAUUCCCUGCUGUAUGGACAGUGGGCCAGUUCCCAGGAUUCAUCGCAUGUGGUGGGCCACGCCAUCCCAUGGCCAGGGGAGAAGCCGGCUCCCGACAGCCCCCCUGGCAAAAGAAGGAAAGAACACACCUUUCAAGAUGGAAGAGAAAAGUGACUUUGUACUCAGAAAAAUUGAAAGCUGAAGAUGUAUAGCCAAGUUAUUUUUUAAGAGUUUGUCCCUCUUCCCCCUUACUCUGUGUGUGUUUAAUCCUCAAGAAUAUGUGAGAGCUGGCUUCACUUAUCUGCCCUUCAAAGCAAAUUUCAGUGAAACUUGUCCCUUUGGAAUGACUCUGAGUUCUUGGUGUAGAAAUUAUUUGAAUAAAGUUGCUCAAUUAAAAU